AUGGCUUCCCCCCAGUCUACCUCGUCCCAGGACGCUCCAAAGGCGCUCGAGCAAAUCACCUUCCGCUUCUGCUCCGAAUGCUCCAACAUGCUGUAUCCCCAAGAGGAUGAGCAUGCCCACGAGCUCAAGUUCACCUGCCGCACCUGCCAGUUCACGGAGAACGCGCAGUCGACGUGCGUCUUCCGCAACAUUCUCAACAACUCGGCCGGCGAGACGGCCGGCGUGACGCAGGACGUGGCCUCGGAUCCGACGGUUAGUCAAGCCCCGCUCGUGUGCCUUGGUUGCGAUUUUCCCAUCACAUGUGUGAAAUGCGCCGCCUAUGCCGAGUGUGCAUUCCUCGUCGUCCGCGGUGCCUUGCCCGACGACGACGUCGAGAGCGGCCUGGAUUGGGACGACCUCGUCGACGACGACGUCAACCUCGAUCCGAACCACGAAACGUCCAGGGCGUCCACGACCAACGGGAUCCAGUCCGGCGUGCGCAAGACCGACCGGGCACCUGCCAACAGUCACGACGUGCACGAUGCGUUCACUUACGUCCUCUCGACCCAUGGCGCCAGCACAACCGCCGACGCUUCUUCGCCUCCUGCUUCCAUCACCCGGCAUCAUGAGGUGUCCCCCGGCCAUGUCCUCGGCCACGCGAGCCAAGGCUACCGAUGGCUCUCGGACGCCUUCUACAACUCCAUGGACGUCAAAUUCUAG